AUGACAAAGAGCCCGGAGGAGCGGGCCGAGGAGAGUGCAGGUGACAUCUGCCGGGAGGUGGGGGACCCGCCCCUCCCGCUGCUCCCCAUGUACCAGGCGUGCCCCGGCGGGGCUGCCAUGGGCUACCUGGAGCUGCACUGGGACGAGGCAAGGCAGGCCCCCACAGCGGCCGGGCCUGCGGGGAGCGCCGCGGCAAGGCAGCGUCCGGAGGCGGGAGCGGGCAGGCACACAGCAGAAGUAUCCCCAGCUUCAUCCAGUUCUGGGAAUUUCAGCCAGUUCACACCAGAUUCAGCCACCAGUCCACAUUCAUCAUCCUCGUCCCCACAGCCUACAGCUAAGUCUCAGAAGGGCAGAGAAUGUGGCGUGGAGGGGAUGAGGAAGACCAAGAGCCGCACAGCUUUCUCCAAGGAGCAGCUGCAAACCUUGCACCAGCGCUUCCAGAGCCAGAAGUACCUCAGCCCCCAGCAGAUCCGAGAGCUGGCUGUGGCCCUGGGACUCACCUACAAGCAGGUGAAGACUUGGUUCCAGAACCGGAGGAUGAAGCUGAAAAGGUGCCAGAAACACAGCCUGUGGAGUGAACGGGCUCAGUGCCUCACACAAAGUGGCUUCCAAGCCAGUACUUACCUGGAUGUGCAUCCCAAAUUCCACCAGGGCUAUCCCAUCACCGCAGCUGGCAACAUCCAAACCAUGCCUGCCCCCUGUCAGCACUAUGGAGCCGGGCAGAACGCUUACACAAUUGUGACCAGCGAGGAUGGAGGAGUCUUUGGCAAAGGCGGGGGGACCUGCAGCGUCCAGCAGACAGUGGGCUUCAUUGCCCAGCACAAAGUAGACUUUUAUCACAGCUAUCCUGGCAGUGUGGAAUAUCCAGGCUCAAAGACAAGUGAUGGCUGUAAUUUUCACCACUCAGCCACUAUGGGGGCUCCUUUCCCAACCACUGCUGGCCAUCAUCUUUAUCAUUCCUAA